GAUGCUGUAACUAAACAGUUUCGAUUCCCUUUGACUUUCAUUAUGGACAGACAAAGCAGUGGAAGUCAGUGGCAACCGAAACUGUUUGCUUAUCGACAUUCUUCUUCAAAAAAAAAGUUCUGUGUUCAGGUAUAAAAAGACAUCAGGGUGAUUGUCAUUUCUGGGCGGAAUGUACCUUUAAGUACUUCUAUUGUAUGCUUUCCAUAGACAGAGUUCUCUUAUUAAGUCAUUAAAUUAUCAUGAAACUAUUUCAUACAAAUCCUGCACACCCUUUCCAUGUUCUGACGCCACAGAAGGUCAUUUGAAGCAAUUCCGUAACCCAAUUAAAUCAGCCCUCUGCUCUAAAAUAAGCAGGGUCACUAGUCGCAGUCAGCAGAAAACAGAAAACAGAAAACAGAUGGUCCAUGAAAAGAUUCCCAGCACAACCACAGCGAAACUCUACGACUGUGAAUCUCUGGGAUCAGCACAAACGCAGAGUUGAAUCAAAACUACUAUUUGCUCAAAACAACGUCAAGAUGCCAGUGGACAGAAUGAGAAUGCGCCCCUGGUUGGAGCAACAGAUCGAGAGUGGGCAAAUUCAAGGUCUAGCCUGGGUCAAUGAGGAGAAAAGGAUAUUUCAGAUACCAUGGAUGCAUGCAGCCAGACAUGGAUGGGAUUUAGAAAAGGAUGCACCUUUAUUUAUGAACUGGGCCAUUCACACAGGAAAGUAUCGUCCAGGUAUUGACAAACCAGACCCUAAGACGUGGAAGGCAAAUUUCCGCUGUGCUAUGAAUUCUCUUCCAGAUAUUGAAGAAGUGAAAGAUAAAAGCAUGAAGAGAGGAAGCAAUGCCUUCAGAAUGUACAGAAUGCUUUCCUCAUAUGAAAAAGCUGUUAAGAAAGGGAAGAAAAAGAUGGACCUGGAGCAAAGAGCAAAAAGGGUUUUUCAGAAACGGAAAGCUGGCAUUCCCAGAAAAUAUAAAAUCAAAAAAGAACAAAGUGAAGAGAACUUAAUGGAAGAAACUACACCAGACAGCACUGUGCUAUUUACUGAGCAUGAGCGCUUCCCUGUGCCCAUGUCAUGUGUGAGGGAGAUGGCUGUAGCUGAAAUCCCUGAUGUGUGUGCAGUUGUCGAAGUGGCAACAGAGAAUGCAGAACCUGUGUUUAGCUCCACUGAAGAGUGUCUCCCUCUCCAGGACUCCCAUGUUUCAUCCAACAGUGAGAGUGACACAGAGAGCACAUACAGUGAUGAAGACUUAGUACAGCUUCCCCAGGACUUGUCUUUAAAAGCAUCACAAAGAUCAGCAUGUAAUUCUGUGUUAAGGAUCCAAUCAUCAGCUCAAUCCUCCCCAAACACAUUUUUCAUGUCAACAAAAAUCAAUUUCAAAGUGACCAGCUCCAGAGAGGACUCGCCCCUAUUUGCAUACAACACUCCUCCAUGGUUCCCCUGCCUGUCUAAUUUCCAAAAAGUCACAGGCAAAGAACCCUCGAACACUUCCCCCUCACCAGAUCUCACCAGAAGCCCGACUUCUCAGGCAAGUGUGAUCGCUAAAGCUGUGGACCUCUCUGUUGCAAAACACAAAACACUACAGUGAAGACACUUGAAAUGUACAACCUGCUGCUGUCUAGCUGAUAUACCUACAACCCAUUAUUCAACAUUAAUCAAGUACUCUCAGGUACAAGAUUUCCCUCAAAUAUUUUCUUGUAUUCGUGUUCAGCUUUUAAUACCAAAUCCGUUAUACAAUAAUAUUUCGAAAAUAUUUUGCACACACUACCUCAUUCUCAUAACAGUGUUAAAUAUGUAACUUGUAUAACUACCUCACAAAUGUGACACUUAAUCACAGAAGUUGUCAGUGUAAGCUAGUAAUAAUGCAGCACUGGGAGAAUAUGCUUGUAUUCAUUUUGAAUUGGAGUGACAUUUCAUACUUGUUGACAGCAGAUGUAAUUUAAAUGAAUUAAAUGGAAGCGUUUCUUGGGAAUUCUUAAGGGGAAUUUGCAUGUAUAUUUUUCUACAGGGUACUGUAGCACAAUGAUGAGCAUUUUCUUAACGAAAUGCUUAAGGUUUUGUACAUUUUCAAAUGAAAUUGUCAUGUCUGAAUGCAUUGAUUUGAUUGCAGAACAACAUAAUUAUUGAACUGUCAAACCUGGAAACAUUGUUUUCCUUGCGGUUUAGCUCUCCCAUGUCCGCAAGGCUAUAAAUACUUGAAUAGGGACUCACUAAUUCGAGUUGUGUAUUAACUUGUCAAAACAUUCUAACUUGUGUUCUGAAAGCCUUUUGUUUCUAUGCAAGUAGAUUUUUGCUUUAGUUUUGUAUUAACGUUUUCUACAAGAGUCACUAAUUUUCAUAGUGAACAACUGCAGCACAGAGAUGUAAAAGCAAAUAUAAAAACAGGUUUAUUGUAGUGUCAUAUUGAUUAAAAGAAUUACACAAUACAAAA